AUGGCAUCUAAUGUUACAGUGCAAUCAGUAUUGGAGAAGAUUAGUGUGGAUCAUCUGGAAUGCUCCAUCUGCACCAACCGUUUCAGGCAGCCCAAACUGCUGGACUGUUUGCAUAGUUUUUGUCUGCAAUGCCUCCAAGAGCUCAGACAGAGCCAAGAUCCUAGUGGUACAGAGCUGACAUGUCCUCUGUGCAGACGUGAAACCAUGUUGAAAAAGUCUGGGGUUGCUGAUCUCCCUAAUAACUUUGCAUUCAGUGCCCUGGUGGAGGAAGUUGCAAUGCAGGAAAAGCUACUGGAAGGUCAAGGGUCAAAAAUUAAAUGCCAAGCCUGUGAUGAGGAGAAUCAGGCUGUGUCAAGAUGCACGGACUGUGAUCAUUUCCUCUGUCAAGAAUGUCAAAAGGCUCAUGAACGUUUAACCCUAAUGAAAUCUCACAAAAUCUACACACUGGCUCAACUUCGAUCAGGAGAGAUUGUCUACAAGAGUAAACUAAGAGAAGAAGUUCCCAAAUGUGGCAAGCAUCCAGAUCAGAAUCUCAAUGUCUACUGUGACACAUGUGAGCAAGUCAUAUGCCUCACGUGUACUGUUCUUGAUCAUGGGAAUCCAAAACAUUCCCUCAUCGGCCUAUCUGAGGCUUUUGAAAAGUGUAAGAAAAAAGUUGAAGAACUUGUCUCAAAAGUUAGUAAGAGUAAAACAGAACUGAACACCACCAUAGAGAAGGCGUGCACAACUCGCAAGAAACUUGACAUCAUGUUUGCAAACACCAAGAAGAAAAUCUCAGAAAUAGCUGACCAAGAGGUUGCCAAGAUCCGACAGGAGGAGCAGAAACUGUUAACAGAGACUGACACGAUUUACCAAGAGAGAAUCAUAAUGUUUGAUGCAGCUCAAGCCAAUAACAGCAAAGAGGUGACCAAGACAGAGCACAAGCUGGAGGAGGUGAAACAAAUCAUGAAUCAAGCAAGCUGUUAUGAGAUUCUUGAACUUCAGCAGAAGCUCUUGCAUAACCUCAGUGAAUUGACAGGGAAACAGCCACAGCAAGUUCCUGACAAGUUGACCUUCAUGGACUUUGAAGAAGGUGAGAGGUCACUUGGGAGACUCAUUCUGGAAGAAGAGCCAAAGGCUGCAGCUAAGCAAUCACCAAGACCUGCAAGAUCAUGUGUGAAGGAGAAAUGGGAACCAAAGACUGAUGUCAAGAACUUUGGAUGGUUUACAUCCAUAUCACGUGUUGCAGCACACUCUAGCAAUAAUAUACUCGCACUACAAAGAUGUGGUGAUCCACGUGGCAUCACAUUCACAUCAGGUGGUGAUCUGGUAGUGGCUGCAGGAGAGUCUGUACAGAUCUAUCACCGAGUGUAA